AUGGUAUCCUUCCUAGGAAAGGUAACCGAGAAAGCCCGCUUGAUCGAGCGCGAUCUUCGAGCUGCUGCCACCAAACCACCGGCCGACAACACCGGAGCACCCCCCGCCUACAGUGUCGAGCCCAAAAACGAUGCUGCCCCCUCUGCUAUCGCUGUGGACCUGGCACCGGCUCUCGGUGAACUCAGUCUGAGCGGUGCCGCUGCUGGGAAACCCACGCCUGAUGCCUGCCUCGCGCAUCUGCGCCUGCUGUUUGCGUUCCAGGUGCUCAAGAACGAGGUGGGCUACACAGACGGCCUGUGGGAGAUCUGGGAUGAGCGAGCCAAGGGAAGCGCGCAGGUUCUGGCUGCGCUACGAGAGAAGCGAUGGGCACUGUAUGUUGCCCGGGCUGUUGACCGAUAUGGGGCGUGGUGGCAGAGCUUUGUGCCAGACAUGCUUCUGGAAGCGGAUCUCGUAACUCCUGGUGUGGUCGGAAGAACGUCAAGAUAUGUUGGAUUUGUUCAAGAGGCCAAGCCGAUGAAGUGGACGGAGGAAAUGUUGCCGCCGCUAGACGUGUUGAUGGUAUGGCAUGCACACAUGCUGAACCCGAGGCUUUAUUUUGAGGACUGUCUCCGUUAUGGACACGACUCCAUCUGGGCAGGCGGCAUGCCUUGGGAUGUAGUCAACAAGGCUAUUGACAGCCAGUUCAACUGGAUUUCCACCGGAGAUCGGCUUGCAAAUUGGAUCGCACGAACAGAUGCCGCCUGGAAGAAUCAGGAUGACGCCGACAUCAAGGAGCUGCGGUGCCCAGCCUGCCCUGCUACAGUUCAGAUCCCUUGGACAACAUGUGGUCUUCCUAAGGGUUACAACGGCACCAGCCGCCCCGGAAUUGCAGGCAGCGGCUACGGUGACGGGCAAUUGGAAGCUAGGUGUAACGCUUGCAACUUUGUUGUCACGCACGACAGCCUUCGCGUCACCAAGCUGCUGAAAGACAUUCAAAACGCGACUAAAAGCGGCACAGCAAUGCCGGGAACUAUCCUUGACCUGAAGACGGGGGUCCCUGCUAUGAUCAAGAACGACGAGAAAGACGAGCAUUAUCAGCUAUUCCCGUCUCGACUGGCUUGUCAUGGCCUUCUCAUUGAAGUUCUCGGCAUGAUGGACCCCAAGAAUGAUAAGAUACCCACCAUGCUCGCCGUCAAGGAUAUCGUCGAAACUUAUACCGGUAAAUUCGCCGACUCAUCAAAGCUCAAGCAUGUCCAGGACAAACACGGCUUGAAGAAAGCCACAGAAUUCAGAUUGAGCUUGGAGGCAAGGCAGCAGACAAGGAGAAUGAUGUCAAGAUACUGGCAAAAUGCCUCGCCUUUUUCGAUUGACUUGGCUGGGUGCGUGACAAGACAGAGUUUGUUUACGGAAAAGAUGGUUACAGUGGGUCUUCUGUUGAACUGGCUUCAUCUGCCGACGGCAGAGCAGAGCCUGCUGAAGAAUGUCACCAAGUACGAACGCUUCUUCGACAUCAUGGCCGCGAACCCAGGUGAGGCGGCUGUUCCUACAUUGGAUGUUGACCUCGCGUGGCAUACCCACCAGCUUAGUCCGAAAGCGUACUACGAGUACUCAGUAUCGAUGACUCGAAACUUUGUGGACCAUAACGACAAGGUUGAUGAAGAGAAGCUUGGUGUGUCUUUUGAGUGGACGUCCAAAACGUACGAGAAGAAGUACAAUGAGGUCCGUACGCAUGCAGUCCAUCCCAAAGAUUGCCAAGAUGUUCGCCAGCUCGAAGGAAGAGAAGUGUAA